AACAGACUCAACAAUACCAACAACAACCCCCUCAGCCGACGGCAGCCGUUCCUCAAUAUCCACCUCAACCCGGUCAACAGCAGCCGCUGCAGCAAUAUCCCGGUCAACCGGGGUAUCCGCCGACCGGUGCAAUGCCCCCUGGAAUGGCUCCGAAUGUUGCCGCUCCCAAUCAAUAUGCACCGGUUGGAGGACCACAGGGGAUGCCACCUGGUAUGCCCGCGGGGAUGCCUCCAAUGCCAAACGCUGCCGCUCCUUCCAAUGUUCCACCGGGGUACCCUCCCCAACAGGGGCAGAUGCCGCAAAUGCCCGGUGGACCUCAUAUGCCACCACCGCAUGCGUGGAUAUAACCAACCACCAGCACCACAAGGAUUCAGUCAAAUGCCUGGCCAACAGUAUCAACCCCCUGCACCUGGCGGUGCACCCCAUUAUCCGACGGGAGGAAUGGCUCCACCCCCUCAGCAGAAACGUCUCGAUCCGGACAGUAUGCCAAACCCUAUCCAGGUCAUGAGUGAAAAUCAACGCUCCAAUGGUGGCGUGUUUGCAACUAACCAAGCUGGAUUGGUACCACCAUUGGUGACAACGAAGUUCGUUACGCAGGAUCAGGGCAAUUCCGGACCGCGUUUUAUUCGUUCGUCGAUGUACAACGUUCCGGCCAACACAGAUAUGAUGAAGCAGAGUGCCGUUCCGUUUUCACUCAUUGUGUCUCCAUUCGCACGAGUAGCCGAGAAGGAGUUAGCUCCACCGAUCGUAAACUUUGGAGAACUGGGCCCUAUUCGAUGCAUCCGUUGUAAAGCAUACAUGUGCCCGUUUAUGCAGUUCAUCGACGGUGGCCGUCGAUUCCAGUGCUUGUUCUGUAAGGCAACCACGGAUGUUCCAUCGGAAUACUUCCAACAUCUGGACCACACCGGUCAACGUAUGGACAAAUACGAACGUCCCGAAUUGGUUCUCGGCACCUACGAAUUCGUUGCCACCAAGGAUUAUUGUAGGAACAAUAUUCCUCCGAGACCACCGGCAAUGGUGUUUGUAAUUGACGUUUCCUACAACAACGUCAAGUCCGGAUUGGUGCAGUUGCUCUGCUCCGAGAUGAAGAACAUCAUUCGCAACUUGCCCGUUGACGAGGGUCAAGAGAAAACCGCCAUGAAAGUGGGUUUUAUCACCUACAACAACUCGGUUCAUUUCUAUAACAUCAAGAGCACCUUGGCUCAACCGCAAAUGAUGGUAGUUGGAGAUGUUCAGGAAAUGUUCAUGCCUCUCCUUGACGGUUUCCUGGUCGAUCCGGAGGAGUCCAGUGCCGUCAUCGACUCACUGAUGGAUCAAAUUCCCAAGAUGUUCGGAGAGACCCGUGAAACGGAAACCAUCCUGUUGCCGGCGCUGCAGGCCGGUCUGGAAGCCUUGAAGGCUUCCGAGUGUGCCGGAAAGUUGUACGUGUUUCACUCAUCUCUUCCGACCUCGGAGGCGCCCGGGAAACUAAAAUCCCGCGACGAUCGCAAACUGCUCGGAACUGACAAGGAGAAGACGGUUUUAACUCCUCAGUCAACCGUUUACAAUAUGCUCGGUCAAGAAUGUGUGGGAUCUGGCGUUUCAGUAGACCUGUUUAUUUUCAACAAUUCGUAUAUUGAUCUGGCCACGAUUGGUCAGGUGGCUCGUUUGACCGGUGGAGAGGUUUAUAAAUACACGUACUUCCAGGCUGAUAUUGACGGUCAUCGGCUGGUGAACGAUUUGAUUAAAAACAUUUCGAGACCAAUCGCAUUCGAUGCCGUGAUGCGUGUGCGUACCUCCACCGGAAUCAGGCCAACGGAUUUCUUUGGACACUUCUUCAUGUCGAACACCACGGACAUGGAAAUCGCCAGUAUUGAUUGCGACAAAGCCGUUGCCAUCGAGAUCAAGCACGACGACAAAUUGUCCGACGAAAAUGUAUUCAUCCAAGUGGCACUGUUGUACACGUCUUGCUCCGGACAGCGUCGUUUACGUAUUUUGAAUCUUAGUCUCAAGACGUGCACUCAGCUGGCCGAUUUGUUCCGCAGCUGCGACCUGGAUACAACGAUUCUGUUCUUCGCCAAGCAAGGACUGUUCAAACUGUUGGAGAACAACCCGAAAGCUAUCAAGGACUCGUUGAUCAACCGGGCGGCGCAGAUAUUGGCUUGCUACCGCAAAAACUGCGCAUCGCCCACAUCGGCCGGCCAGCUGAUACUGCCGGAAUGCAUGAAGCUGCUGCCCCUGUACAUUUCAUGCCUGCUUAAGAACGACGCCUUCUCGGGAGGUUCAGAUCUGACGCUGGACGACCGAUCAUAUUCGAUCUACUUCGUGAUGAGCAUGGAUCUGCCCACGUCGGUGCAGUUCUUCUAUCCACGCUUGAUACCGAUACACGACGUCCAGGUGGAGGACAACGACGUGCCGGCGGCCAUUCGAUGCACAGCGGACAAAAUGAUGGAGGACGGUGCUUACAUUUUGGAGAACGGUGUCCACAUGUUCAUGUGGCUCGGUUUGGGUCUGAGCCCGGAGUUCACACAGUCGGUCUUCGGGGCACAGUGUACACAGCAGAUCGAUACAGACCGUACGGGUUUACCAGUAUUCGACAAUCCACUUUCCAAACGGGUGCGCGGAAUUGUCGACAGCAUACAGCACGAAAAACAUCGAUGCAUGCGGCUCACUUUGGUACGGCAGCGUGACAAGUUGGAAAAUGUUCUGCGGCACUUCCUGGUGGAGGAUCGCGGCAUUACGGACGGUUCCGCCAGUUACGUGGACUUCCUGUGUCACAUGCACAAAGAGAUUCGAACACUACUGAGCUAGCUGGAUUGCAAUGGGAACAGUUUAAGUAGUCGAUUUAGAUUCACCAACCACAGUAAUCACACUACACUGUCAACGAUGAACAACCAGAAUAUCAACAAUAGUUCGCAAUUCCAACACCAGGUGGUGCAGCAACAGCAUGGUAGUGAGAUUAAUGGAAACAUCCAGCCGAUUCCGCCGCCGUAUGGGCAGUGUCCGCACCGGCCGCCAAGUGACGAUGGCGAUGAUGACGAGAACGAUACCAUCGAAGAAGAGGAUGAAGAAGAAGAAGAGGAAGGAGUGGAAGAAAGCGGUCCGGUUCCUACGAGGCAUCAACAUCCACCAUAUUAUCAUCAGCACCAGUACACGACGGCCUCGCCCGGCAGAAGCAUCUCACAGAAUCGUACCAGAGCAUUGCGAUACCGUAAAGCAUUCAUGGGAAAGUGGUAAUAGUUUUAGAUGUUUUUCUUAUACAAUUAUUAUUUUUUAACAUAUUACGAUUAUUUUUCCAAUUUAGUAGAUACUAUCUAUAUAUUGAAUGAUGAAAAACAUGAGAAAACUUUGAAACUAGCCGGGUGUUUUGCUUAGAUGUUUUACAGUGAACGUAAAGUGAAUCAAUUAAAAACUUAAACAUAUAAACAAUAACUACCUUAAUUGUUGACUACAGGUGGAACACGUCUACGAACAAGAAGUACUAUACAAACGAAAAAAAAAAGUUGCAACUAUUGAAUGCGAACAGAGAAAUUGUGAAUUUCACUUGUGUUAGUGUAAUGGGGUUUAGGAAUGAAUUAAAUGACAUAAGCGAAGAAUGCAGAAAAAGAGAACACGAAGAGAGUCCUUUAUUAAUAUAUUUGAGCAAAAGUGAAUAAACAAUAUACCCUCAAUCGGAUUACACACAAAAUAGCAAAAAAUAUACGGAAAAUAUUAUUAUCAUUGCAA